GCUGUUGUAGCAAGCCUUGCCUGCAAGCAUCCAACGCAACCCUACAGUUUGCCCUGACAUAUGCAUUCUGGGGUUGUAGGUGAUGUGCUGUGAAAAUCUUACUCUGAUAGGCUGUGACAUCACCUUCAAUCUAUUUCAGGCACUUUGAACAGAAAAAGUAGUCACAGCCCGUGGCCAAGGGCACCAGGUGGAGCCCAGGAAGAGAUGGGCCAAGAACAGUGCUAUUGCAGCCAACUCCUCUGAGAGGAGUUCAGUCUUGAGAAGCAUGGAUGAAAACUUACUGUGCCUUGCCUUGUGGGGGCCAGAGAUCCUACAUGGGCUGAUGCCUUCAGCACUGUAGAGGGAAAUCAUUUGUCUCUGUUUAGGAAUUUUUCUUAAUUGAGUAAAAAGCAAGUAACUGGAACCUUUAUUUCUGGGCAAAAUGAGCAGUAACAAAGCUUCACUAUCAGAUGGUACUCUGAUGAAGAGCUCUGAUGGAACUGAAGAUUGAGAGAAAAAAGGUAUCAACUGGAGUGUUCAACUUCUGCUUAAAACCCCCUUUGCGCUUGGCAGCUGCAGGACAGCUAAAGUUAUGCCAGUUUAUAAAAAGAGUUCCAAAGAGAUCUGGGCACUACUUAUUCAUAAGCUUUCUGUCUAUACUUGGCCAGUUUGCAGAAACUAUAAUAAACAGUAGUAUUACUGUACACAUAAUAAAUAUGAUGUUUUGGGGAACAGUCAAAAUGGCUUUUGUAAAGAUCCCAUUAACCAAUAACCAGCCAUAUCCUUUCUCUUUUGAGGGAAUCACCACUCCACAAGUCAUUACAAUCAUUCACUGUUUGCAUAAUCAAGAACAUCUCAGUACUUGGAACAUUCUGUGAUCUUCAGCGCCAGAGCAUUGAAUUCUGGUAACCAAAACUUGAUUCCAGCAUUUGAAGACUGAAUGUGUGUUGAAGAGAAAGCCAGAAUGGUCUGGAUGAGUAAGUGAAAACAGAGCACUGCACUGUUCACAAAGAAUGCCUUGACUUAAAAUCUGGCAUAAAUUAUGUUUACAGGAGGAAUCCAGACAGUAUUGUAUUAUAUCUUGGGUACUCUACUAAUAGAGUCCCUCAAAUAACAAAUACUUGACCUUCAGCUACUAGAGUGGAAGAGAAAAUAGUCUUGAGGAUUGCUUUGUCCCAAACAUUGGGGCAUCGAUUACAUGCCCAGAUGUUUCUGUUUUAGCCUCUCACUCUUCAGUACUGAUUUAUGCAACUUUGCAGAAGAUCAGUACAAAAAGGAGGUGUGAGGAGAAGUUAACAAAGAAUGAUCUUGUCUUCGGGUACAUUAGAAGUUGUAAGAUAAAAAUGAAAAAUACCUACAUUCCCACCACUUACACUACCUUCUGUGUUGUCAUAUGCCAGGAUCAUGUUUGGAUGUUUACGUUAAUGUUUUGCUUUUUAACAAUGGCAUCAAAUAAGAUGUGAUGGAAAAACUAGCUUUGGAGAAUACCUCAUCUACUGUUCAAGCUCCUGUUUUCAAGGAGUUAGUAUUUCUUUAGUGUUGGACUCAAGUACGAAAAGUUCUGCUUCAGCAAAAUGUGAACAUCCUUCUUCACUGUGGAGGGAAGAUUACAUUGGAAAGUGAAAUCAGAGCAGAGAAUGACUCAGUAUAACCAUUCAGCAGAGCUCUCUCUCCAGAGCUCAGCAAAUAAGUCAUUAAAUUUUACUGAAACACCACUGACUUUGGAUGAAAAUACACUAUUAGGGCUGAAGAUUUCACUGUCAGCCCUUCUAUCUGUUAUAACUUUGGCAACGAUCCUUGCAAACGUUUUUGUCAUUAUUACAAUUUUUCUGACUAGAAAGCUCCACACACCUGCAAAUUACCUCAUUGGUUCCCUGGCAGUGACUGAUCUUUUAGUGUCUGUCCUAGUGAUGCCCAUCAGUAUUGCUUACACUGUCACCCACACAUGGGCCUUUGGCCAAGUGUUGUGUGAUAUCUGGUUAUCUUCAGACAUCACGUGCUGCACAGCCUCAAUCUUACACCUCUGUGUUAUUGCACUGGACAGAUACUGGGCUAUCACAGAUGCUUUGGAAUACGCCAAACGCCGGACUGCUGGCCGAGCAGCACUCAUGAUUGCUGUGGUCUGGAUGAUCUCUAUUAGUAUUUCUGUGCCGCCACUUUUCUGGAGGCAAGGGAAAGCUCAUGAAGAAAUUGCAAAGUGUACUGUGAACACAGAUCAGAUUCACUACACAAUUUACUCCACCUGUGGAGCUUUCUACAUCCCAACUGUACUCCUUGUAAUAUUGUAUGGCAGAAUUUAUGUAGCAGCUCGAUCCAGGAUUCUGAAGCCACCUUCGUUAUAUGGGAAACGAUUUACUACUGCACACUUGAUUACUGGCUCUACUGGGUCUUCUCUCUGCUCCAUUAACUCUAGCCUGCAUGAAGGGCAUUCCCAUUCAGGUGGAUCCCCAAUAUUUAUCAAUCAUGUUAAAAUAAAACUUGCAGAUAGUGUCCUGGAAAGGAAAAGAAUUUCUGCUGCAAGAGAAAGGAAAGCCACCAAAACUCUAGGCAUUAUUCUGGGAGCUUUCAUUUUCUGCUGGCUGCCAUUUUUUGUCAUGUCCCUAGUCCUGCCGAUCUGUCAGGAUGCCUGUUGGUUUCAUCCUAUCCUACUGGACUUUUUUACAUGGUUAGGUUACUUAAACUCAUUGAUCAAUCCAGUCAUUUACACCGCUUUUAAUGAAGAAUUUAAACAGGCUUUCCAAAAACUAAUACAUUUCAAAAAGUGCUCGUCUUAAUCCUCUCCUAUUGUUAUUGACUUCUGUACAAUCUCACAGCCUACGCCCUACUCGGAGACUUUCUGUACCUUUUUUCCCAAAGUAAGCAGUGGUAACUGCCAUCUCUGCUGCUAGCCUGUGUGGUGCAUGUAACUGAGAACUUCUUGCCGAUUUGAUACUUUCUGUCUGGAAUUCUGUAUCCCAUAGUAGAACUUGUCUAUGGUCUCUGCAGUGAUCCUUUGUGUAUGUAAGAUCAAAACAUGCAGUAAGCUUUGUAACAAGUGAAAGAGUAUGAACUAGAAAGCUCAGUUUGUAUGAUGAGAUAUUGCCCAAUUUUGCCAUGCCUUUGUAAUCUGAUGGAAGGAGGAUGUGUGCAUAUUUGCAGGACUUCAGUAUUUCUGGUGUAUAUCAUUAGCAAUUUAUGUAGGCAGAGAACAUUUCUGGAGAACAGGAUCUGAUGCCUACAUUUUCUAUGGCAUGUAUCCUAUCUGUUUGGAAUUGAUAAAACCAGUAACUUUUUCAGAAAUUGUGUGACACAGCCUUACUAUAAGCAGCAGGGCACAAAGACAUAACAAAUAUAUAUUUGGUGGACACUUCAUAAUCAUGCAUUUUGCAUUUACUGCUACACUUUUGGUGAACUCCAGAAAGAAGACUAUUUAUUUGAAAUUAUUUUUACACAUUUUAUCAUGAAUAGCAUAGCCAGUGCAGAAAUAUUACAAAAUAAAUAGCAUGAAAAUUAUUGAAAAUUACCUUGAUCUUAUAUUUCUGUUAUUUAAGUGUUUUGCAUGCACAAACUGAAACAGGAGAUAUGUUUAGUGUCCAUGUGGAGUGACAGGGACCUUGGAAUGGAGCCUGAAGAAGCACAGGUUCCUUCUUUGGUUCUGGUGUAAGUUUCUUCCAUAACCAUAGAAAAAUGAAUUAGAGAUAAGUCAGCAAAUAUAGCUGUACAUUGCUGUGUCUAAUCCAUGCGCACCCAGGCUCUCUGUAUGGG